AUGGAGAAGUUGUCGGCGAGCCUGUCGGAGAUCUCCUGGAGCCCGCUCGCGCUGCCGUUGGACGCAGUGGUCAGCAAGUUCCGUCUGCCCACUCUGGUCCGCCUGGCCCACGGUGAAUGCGUUGAGGGUCUGUCAGAGGACGAUGUGGUUCUGCUCCACUCCUGUCGUCAGUGGACCACAGUGACGGCUCAUAGCUUAGAAGAAGGCCAUUAUGUCAUUGGGCCCAAGAUUGACAUCCCUCUACAAUACCAAGGAAAGUUCAAAUUGUUGGAUGAAGACAGAGACAUCAGGGAUCCCGUCCAGUGUUUCUCCAGUGUGGAGGAGGUUGCUGGAGUGUUCCCCGAUCGAGUCUUUGUCAUGGAAACAAUCACUUUCAGCGUCAAGGUGGUUUCAGGGGAGUUCAGCGAGGACAGUGAGCCCUACAGCUUCACUCUGCAGGCUGGAGAUGAGCUGUCACUCAUGGGGAAGGCCGAGCUUCUGUGUGCCACGCCUACGAAGGAAAAGACGGGACUGAGUGCACUGUUGAGGCGCCUGGGAAAGACUCCCCGAAGUAAAAUGCCCUGCCUAGUGUGUAUGAACCAUCGCACCAAUCAGAGCGUCAGUUUGCCUUUUGCCUGCCGCGGACGCUUUUGCACUCGCUCCCCUUUGGAGCAAGGCAUGCUGGGAGGGGAGCAUACGGUACGCAGCAUCAUCGAGAGGGUCCGCCUCCCCGUCAACGUGUUCGUGCCGUCACGCCCACCGCGAAACCUCUAUGACCGCCACGCGGUCCGAGAAGGCCACCGCUUCAAGCUGCUCAACAUCGUCAGCAAGACGGUAGUACUUUGUAUGGUACUUCGCCGACAGGAAGUGUCGCCCUCCCACUUCCUACUGCUCCGCAGCAUGCCCCGGUUCAACGUGGCCGAUGCCUCCGUGCACACGGCAGCCCUGGAGAGCCUGCUUUUGCGAUACGCCUUCGACCCUGACGCCUACUCUCGAGCUGUGAGAGAAACUCGUCCCGAGUUGGAAUGUAUGACGGAGGAGUGUGUGAGCCCGCGACGCUCGCGCAUGUGUGUGUCGGCGGAGGAGUCAUUGGUGCCGGCCCUGCAACAGCUGUCAAUGUGCAGCUACGGGGGCGGGGUCUCGGACAGCCUAUCGCAGCGUUGCAGGGACUCUCUAGGGGUCCAGCUAGAGGAGGGACCAGGUGAGGAAAGGGAGUACAUGACUCCUGAGUGGACCGAGACAGAAAUGAGGACCACUGAGGAGAUUCCUUAUGAGGAACUUUGGACCAAUCAUAAUGCAGACGGCUUGGGAAAGGAACCAAACCUCAUUUCCUUCCAUUCAUCCUCAUCACUGGAGGGGUCCCUGGGUACCGUGGUGACAACAGUGGCUGCUCCGCCGCCCGUACCUCCAAAAUCUGAUGCUGUGAGAGAGGAGUGUCGCUAUUUGAUUGCACCUCCAGUUCCUCCUCGCGGCACGAAAUUGGGCUACAUCACCAGUCCGGCCCCCAGCCCUCCUGUCCCCCCUCGCUUCGCCAAGGCCUCCACCUCCCCCAGACCUAAUCUUUCCUUCUACUCCUCAGGACUGCAGGACAGCUGCUCGCACUCUCCAGAUGCUUCCCUCUACUGUUACCCGUGCUCCUGGGCCGACUGCCGCGCCCCCAAACCAACCAAUCCUGAGCCAGUCCCGACCAUCCCGGUCGACAUUGCAGCCAACCCUCAGACGGCACAAACCACCUGGGCCGAGCCGUGGGUGGACUCCUUCACCGCCGGGCCUCGACUGAGACCGCCGCCCCCUCAGAGUCGCUUCGCACCCUUCGGUGCUUUGAACCCUUUCAACCGCCAGUCCCCUUGCCCGUCACCGGAGCUCGCGGACAGUCCCGAAUCCUCUAGAGGGGCAGAGGGAGGCGGGAUGACCACGGGGGCGAUUGAAGACUCGGCCCCACCUGCCGACCCGACCUGGCGUCCUCCCGCUGACUUGUCUGCUCUGUCGCUGGAGGAGGUGUCGGCCUGUCUGCGCUUUAUCGGCCUGUCGGAGGCUGCGGUCUCUGUAUUCCAGAGGGAGCGAAUCGAUGGCAGCCUCUUGGUUCAGCUGACCGAGGACAUCCUGUCACAUGACUUUCACCUGAGCCGACUCCAUGUCACCAAGAUAACACAGUUCAUACAAGGAUGGAGGCCCAAAAUCUAACACACACACACACACAAUUUCCUCUCAACGAAUCCAUGCCACUAUGACUGUUACUCCAGUGGAGGAUUCCAACAAGUGGUACCUUAUGGAUCAGUUUGAUACGCUUAAUAACUUUUCACAAUAAAAACAUACAAAUUGCAUAUCAACCUGAACCAAACUGUAGCAGUAACUGUAACUGAAGCAGGGUGAGAAUGUGCCUUCUUAGCCAUCCUAAAUGUGCCUUCCACUGUA